AAAACCUCUCUCUCUCUCUCUCUCUCUCUCUCUCUCUCUCUCUCUCUCUCUCUCUCUCUGAAGAUGGAACAAACAAAUGUACAGGUGGUAGCAAAGAAGCUAUGGAACCUUGUUCGUGUGAUGUACUACAUGCUAAGGAAAGGCAUAUCAAAGGGAAAACUGAUCGUCAAUCUCAACAUGAUGUUGAAACGGGGCAAGAUCGCAGGGAAGGCGGCGAUGCUCAAACUCAUGCUCCACCACCACUCCACCGCUGCCUCCGACCACCUCUCGCAGCACGAUGGACACCUGUCCUUCCCGACCCCGCGCGACGAGUACGAGUUCAGCUGCAGCGACAGCCCCGCCGCGUCCUUCCACUUCCACCUCGGCAAACGCAACAAACGCCGCUCCGGAGCGUGCGAUGAUCACGCUCCGGAAGUGGAGGACGAUGUCGCGACGGCCGCUAGCGGCGUUAAGAAGGUGUUGGAGAUGCCGGGGUUUGGAGUGGUGAGGCAGCUGAGGAUAACGGACUCGCCGUCGCCGUUGCCGGAAGUUGUUGACGUGGAGGGCCAAGUGGACGAGGCUGCGGAGGAUUUUAUAGUGAGGUUUUACAAUGACUUGAGGAAACAAAACGAAAAGGCUUUACGUUGAAGAAAGAAUUAAUCUUUCAUGUUAUAAUUUCUUGGACAAUUAAUUAAUUGUUGGUGGCCAAUUAAAAUGUUUGCAUGUUUAUGGGUUAUUACUGUUGUAUUUCUCAAUAAUUUAUCGAUGUACUAAAUGAGAGAAGUAUGAGGAAUUAAAUUGUUAUUUUCCCAUCAAAAAA